GAUGUGCUGGACGAGGGGGAGGACGGGGUGAACCCCAACCCGUUCUACGAAGACCCCUCGCACGCCCCUGAGCCCGCCGCCACCAAGGACGACGAGGCAGAGGACGAAGAGGAAGGGCUUGCAGGGGAGGAGGCUGUGGUGGGUGCUGCUGCCGAGGAAGGGGAUGUGAUGGCUCCGGAUGAGGAGGGGGAUGAGGCAGAUGCAGAGAUGGGAGGUGCGGACGAGUGGAGUGAGGAUGGAGACGACUGGUGGGCAGCAGGCCGCUAUGAGGGAGAGGAAGUGGAGGAGUGGGUUGCAGGCGAGGAUGAGUGA